AUGAUUCAUGACAUUGCGUUUCCAGCUGAUGAUGCUGCGCCGUUUCUUGAGUAUGCCGACGAGGCGUUUGACUUGUAUCCUAUUUGGCUGUGUCCGCUGCUCCGAGAUGGCAGGAUCUCAAUGGGGUAUGCGAAACCAUUCAGUGGGCUGGUUGGCGACAAGCAAGUAGAGGGGUAUGGAGACUGGGAUCUCAGUGUUGGGCUGUGGGGCCAGUAUCCAUCAUCUAAUCAAGCAGAAUUCGUCCGUGCGAACCGUAAGAUCGAAGCGAAGAUGCGGGAGCCGGGCGGUUUGAAACGACUCUACUCGCGCGUGUUUUACAGUGAAGAUGAGUGGCGGCAGGUCUACGACAAGCACGAGUACGACGAACUCCUUCGGAAAUACUCCGCCAAGUCUCUACCUUUAAUAUAG